GAAGGAACAGGACGGCUUGAGGACAUUUGACUUGUGAACCUAUUGCUAUUGUAUUUGGACUUGUCGUCUUUAUUAUUUUUUAAGGAUUCUUUUUAAUCCUCAAUUUUUGUUAAAACCUUAAUAAAUCCGGUUUGUACUUUGUACACUUCGACCCAAACUCCUGGUCUCUCUCUCGUGGUAUCUGAAGGUAUCUGCUUGGUCUUAGAGUGAGGAAGUGGUCACAGUGUCAGGCUGGAGCUGGACAAUAUCAUGAAGGAAUCAUCUUUUAAAGGAAGAACAUGUUUCACCAUCGUUCUCCUUCUGCUCAUGGCUUUCUUAAUAUUCUUCCAGCUUAACAUAUGGGACACAUUGUUUCAGCCUAAAAUGAGCUCCACCAUCAUCUACUCGAAAGCUACUACUGAAGUCCGCAGCAUCUGCAACUUCCCACCAUUGUCCCCUAAGGAUGCUCUGGAGGAACGCCUGAUACUAAAAUCUGUUGCUUGGCCUGAAACUCCUGCAUUGCAAUCUCCUCUUUCCCUGGAGCUGACCAGUGAUCCAGCUCACAGCUCUUUCACCAUUCUCCCAGCGAGAGGAGGAGGACAAUGGCACGUAGGGGAUCAGCUGGAAGUUAGCAUCAUCAUCUCUGACUUCAAGGGACAACCCAAGAAGUCUGGGGGGGACUUUUUAUUUGCCCGGCUGCACAACCUAACGCUUGGUGCAGGUGUAGCUGGGAAAGUGGUGGACCAUCUCAAUGGGAGCUACUCUGCUGUCUUUCCUUUACUCUGGGAAGGAGCAGCUCAGGUUGAGGUGACGCUAGUUCAUCCCAGUGAAGCUAUCACAGUGCUGAACAGGUUGACGAGUGAACAACCUGACAGGGUAUUUUUCAUAAGCCUCUUUCGCUCAGGCUCACACUCUGAAACCACCAUCUGUAACAGCUGCCUGCGUCAAACCAAGCAGCCAAUCUGCGACUUCACCGACCCUCGAACCGGCGAUCCUUGGUUCUGCUACAAGCCAAAGAACAUGAGCUGUGAUGCAAGGAUCGCCCGCAGCACUGUAGGAUACAAACAAACGCUCAAGGCCAAGGAGGAUGAGCUCUUUCAAGGUCGUGUCAACUUGAAAGUCUGCAUUCUGGCUUCAGGACCAGCCGGUGUCACUGUUUUACCAAAAAAGGAAGGUCAACCAGAGGUGGAGAGCAGCAUUGUGAACUUUCAAGCCUCUGGCUAUUACUACCAGGGUUUAUGGCGAGCACUAGAUGGCAACACAGUUCGCCAAUUCACCGGCGCAUCUGCCAUCACUCAGUGUCUAAAAGGCAAAGUGGUCCACCUGUAUGGAGACUCUACCAUCAGGCAGUGGUUUGAGUUCCUCAACGCAGCACUACCAGAUCUUAAGGAGUUUAACCUGGGCAGCUCGAGGCAAAAUGGACCUUUCCUGGCCUUAGACUAUGAAAACAAAAUCAUGGUGACUUUCCGCCUCCAUGGUCCUCCUCUCCGUUUUAUUGGCUCAAAUGAAGAAAUUCGUUACAUAGCCAAUGAACUAGAUGACUUAAUCGGGGCUCCCAACACUGUUGUCGUUUUUGGCAUCUGGGCUCACUUUGGUUCUUUUCCCAUCGAGGUGUACAUCCGGCGGCUACAAAGGAUCCGCAGUGCGGUGGUACGGCUGUUGGACAGGGCUCCAAAAACGGUGAUCAUCAUCAGGACUGCAAACCCCAAAGCUUUGUGGCUUGAUGUGGUGAUAAACAACAGCGACUGGUUCUCGGUGCAGUGUGAUAAGGUGCUAAGAGCCAUAUUUAAAGGACUGAAUGUUCAUCUGAUUGAUGCCUGGGAGAUGGUCCUUGCUCACCACCUGCCAAACAGCCUGCACCCACAACCUCCUAUUAUUAAGAAUAUGAUGGAUGUUCUCUUCUCCUACACAUGUCCUCUAAAGGGCGGCUAGAUAAUAAUAAUAAAACAUUUUAUUUAUCAAGCACUUAUUCAACAAUUACACCAAUUGUAGUGUAUAUCAUAUUCUUUGCAAGCUUUUGCGGGCCACAUAAAAUGAGGUCGUGGACCAAUUUUGGCCUGCGGGCCUUGAUUUUGACACCCCUGGUCUAAACAAUACAUUGAUGUUUUCAAAUGUUUUUUUUUA